AUGUUAGAUCCCUAUUACAGAACGUUAAAAGGAUUUCAGGAUAUCAUUGAAAAAGAAUGGUUAGCAUUUGGCCAUAAAUUCACUGAUCGCUGUGGCUUUCUUGGCAGUGUGGAUUCAAAGGAAAUCUCUCCCGUUUUCACUCAAUUCAUUGACUGUGUCUGGCAAAUGACACAACAAUAUCCCUGUGCUUUUCAGUUCAAUGAGCGAUUUUUGUUGACAUUACAUGAUCAUGUUUAUUCUUGUCAAUAUGGAACUUUCAUUGGUAAUUGUGAAAAAGACAGACUUGACCUCAGGUUGGCAGAAAGGACCUAUUCACUUUGGGGAUACAUUCAUAAGUACAUGAAUGAUUUUAUCAAUCCAAUUUAUCUCAAAGAAAAUAUGGCUACAAAACGUUCUGGACUUCUGUUUCCCAAUACAUCACCUCAAGUUUUCAGAUUCUGGAGAGGCAUGUACAAUCGUUUUGAUUCUGGAGUUCACCCUCGAGAAGAAAUCCUGGAUACUUUAGCUUCUGGCAAAGAGCACAGCAGUUCUCUUGAAGACCACAUACGACUUCUUGAAAUGCGCAUAAAUGACUUGUGCAAACGCAUGGGCAUUUCAGAGGAUGUUAUUCAACGUAAACUGCAAGGGUUUCUGUCCAUGGAUUCAUUGGAUGGUGUGUUACUUGCAGAAUCUAAUGAGGAAAAUUGUGGUGAAAGAUUAACAAGUACCAGUCUUCCCCUGACUAAAUCUUUUGAUUCUGAUAACAAUCACACAGCUGGAAAAAGUGAUACAGAAUCAGGCUUUGAUGAAUCAAGCUCACAGCUCUCUCGCUCAGGUUUUGAAGAUGGUCUAGGCUCCAGUACAAUUUCUUUAACUGGUGUUCUUGGAAAUUCAGAGCCACUGACAAGAGCUCAAUUUCAAGUUGAGCUCUCAUCUGUUGCUGUUGAUUGGAAACCUUUACGAAAUGUCCAAAAUUGUAGUUGUGCUUAUUCUUUUGAACAUUUCUCCAAAAAGUACCAUUGUUGGAAAUGUGGUGAAGUUUUCUGUAUUCGCUGCAUUGCAGCUCAUAUGCCACUACCCGGUCACUUUCCAAAACGUCAUGCUCCGGUCUGUAAAUCCUGCUACACUCAGCUGCAUUCAAUCUCGCCUAUUCAUGAAAUUGCAUCUCAUGUAGCCAGUUGA